UUUAUCCAAAAGCGGUGGGAAAAGCAAUAGCACCGUCUUUGGACGCGCGCAGUGUUUAUUCGGUUGCUAGCUAAUGUUUGUUUGAAACUAGUUCGCGGCAUUAUUGGGAGGUCUAUGAGCUGAGUGAUGUGCAUGUGCAAUAUGAAGAAUGGAAGAAGACGAUGUCACGAUCAGAGAGCAGAAUUUUCACAGUCAAGUCCGAGAGUACAUUAUCUGUUUCCUGUUGUUUGCUGUGCUCUACAUCGUGUCCUACUGCAUCAUAACACGAUAUAAGAGGAAGACUGAUGACCAUGAAGAUGAAGAUGCGGUUGUUAACAGAAUAUCUAUGUACCUGUGUACGUUCACUCUGGCCAUAUCUGGAGGUGCCGUCCUCCUCCUCCCUUUCUCCAUCAUCAGUAAUGAGAUCCUUCUGUCGUUCCCGAAGAACUACUACAUCCAGUGGCUCAACGGCUCGCUCAUCCACGGUCUGUGGAACCUCGUCUCGCUCUUCUCCAACCUGUGUCUCUUCGUCCUCAUGCCUUUCGCCUAUUUCUUCCUGGAGUCUGAGGGAUUCGCCGGCUCGAAAAAGGGCCUGAAAGCUCGUAUCCUGGAGACGUUUGUGAUGUUGUUUCUGCUUGCUCUGCUCAUCCUGGGCAUCGUGUGGGUCGCAUCAGCGCUUGUCGACAAUGAUGCAGCCAGCAUGGAGUCUCUCUACGACCUGUGGGAGUUCUACCUGCCCUACUUGUACUCGUGUAUCUCUUUAAUGGGUGGCCUGUUGCUCCUGAUGUGUACUCCAGUGGGUUUGUCCCGGAUGUUCACUGUAAUGGGUCAGUUACUAGUCAAACCAACGAUUUUGGAGGAUUUAGAUGAACAGUUGUACUGCAUUCAGCUCCAGGAGGAAGCGUUACAGCACAAAGUCCACGGUUCAGUGCCUCUCUUACUCACCGCCUCCCAGAACCUUCACAAAGAGCUGGAGAACGUCCGCUCGCAGAGACACAAGCUGGAGAGGAGGAAGAAAGCAUCAGUUUGGGAGAAGAACCUUCUCUACCCCAUUGUCAUGUUGAUACUACUCGCUGGCACGGCCAUCUCUGUGUUUCUGGUUGCUCUGAACAUUUUGUACCUGCUGGUGGAUGAAACUGCGUUACCGAAAGGAUCAACGGAUCCUGAGAUCGGGAACGCAUCUCUCUCUACGUUUGGUGUCGUUCAGGCUGUGGUUGAAAUCGUCCUCAUGAUUUACCUAAUGGUCUCCUCUGUUGUUGGGUUCUACAGCCUUCGUAUCUUUCAGGGACUCACACCCAGGAAGGAUGACACCACAAUGACCACAAUCAUCGGCUGCUGCGUGUCCAUCCUGGUCUUGAGCUCGGCUCUCCCCGUCAUGUCCCGAACGCUCGGAAUAACGAGGUUCGACUUGUUGGGGGAUUUCGGUCGGUUUAACUGGUUGGGGAAUUUCUACAUCGUAUUGUCAUAUAACCUGCUGUUUGCUGUGGUGACCACACUGUGUUUAAUCACCAAGUUCACCUCCGCUGUCCGAGAAGAGCUGCUCAAAGCACUCGGUCUGGAUAAACUGAAUCUUUCCACCAGUCCCACAGAACCCGAGUCGAGUAAACUAGCAGCUAACGGCCAUCAGAAGACCCUCUGAACUUCUCACACACACACACACACACACACACACACACACACACACACAAUCCCAUCAGACAGCUUUGUUCCCUGCAGCAGGACAUUAACACUGCAGACUUUCAUUAAGCUACUUUAUUUAAGGUCCUACCUUCACUUUUCCAUCAACACCCACCCACACACACACACACACCAUUAAAAGUUUGCUCAUUUUAAUGCAGUUUUAAAUCCGUUUCCCUCUUCACGCUGUGAAUAAGCGGGCUCGGGUAAAAGUGGAAGCAUUAUCAUCAUGUAAGUGUUGUAAUUAUGUCUGUAUAUAUUCUUUUUUUUUGUCAUUGUAAAUCUUUUGUACAGCGACUUUUGUUUUCGGUUGAUUUCCAGAAAUUCACCUCUGAUGCCUUAUGAGACAGGGGAGGAUUUUACAGACGCUUUAAUAGCUGUGACACGGAGUGUGUGUGUGUGAGGCAUGUACUGAUGUGUGCCACUUGCUGACCCUAUCGAGUGUGACGUCAUUAGAUACACACAUUGCACACACACAUAUCUAACAUGGGUGUGUGUAACAGUGGCGUCAAAUAAGAAGUCGCUGAACAACGGCUGAUGAGUGAUUGCUUAAUCAAGUAGCACUCAAAUAGUACAGCGAUGAUACCACGUGACUCGUCCCUACGUGAACAUAUUAAUUCGUUGACGUUGUCGGUUGUCACGAUUCAUGGCACUGGGUUUACCAGAUCCACCGAAUUUGUUCUAGUGAAUCAGUUCUCACUGCUAUUUGCUUAACCAAACCAAAAGAACACGUUAUUGUUGUUCUAAUGAGUCAAAGUGUUGAUUCAUUUGAACGAAUCACCACUCUGGGAUCUGAUUCACAAGAACCAAAGUGACACCGAUACUCCAUUAAAAAAAAAAAACCUCUUUACUAAUUGAUUCGUUACAACAAGUGAUGAUUCAAUUUGGUGACAGUGUCAUAUUUGGAUUCGAUUCGUUAGAACCGAUUGUUAGACCGGUAUUUGAUUCGUCCAAACUGAAUAAACGCAACGAUACUGUUUGAGUUGUUAGAACAAGUGUUGAUUCACUUUGGCGAAUUAAGUCCCGGUGUAUCGAUUGGUUGUGGUGAAUGAAAUGACCCGAGUCACAACAUACUAAUUGAUUCGGCUCGGUAAUUCCAGUGAGCUGACGAUGAGUUUACUGGUGCUGAGUAACCGGUUACUACUCUGAUGAUUUACUGGAAUGAAUCAGGUAGUAAAGUGUGUGUCGUGGCUGUGAUCGUCGGUACGUGCCCCGGCGAGCGUGAACGUCGGACGGCUGCGUCUGCGGGCGCCUUUUAAUAGACAAAUUCACUGUGACCGCUCAUGUGACCGUCUUAAAACGAACGAUAAAGGGCCAGUUUACAAUGCCAGUGAUGACAUGAAACAUCCGUGGGUUUUAAACGGUGUUCGAAUGAGAUUCGAGCUUCUUAAACAGAUCUCACAUGAGGGACACUGAAUUUACAACAUGUCAAAAGGUCAUUUAUUAAAUCUCAGUACAUAAAUAAAUAAAUAAAUAAAUAAGCCGUCUUGUCACGUUUUACAUUUGAAUGUACUGUGUGUCUGAAGGACAAUUGUUUUUUUUUUUGUUAAGUAAAGCAUAUGUACGACGUAUGCAAAUGUUUUUGUACAAAGUCAUUGUAUAAUAUGCAGAUUAUCAAAUGCCUUUUUUGUUUGUUUGUUUGUUUGUUUGUUUGUUUUCCUCGACAUCCUCUGGACCACAGAUAUGAAUGAACGAAUCGAAGGUGUGAAUGUUAUACUGUGAAAACAGCAGUUCGAUCUUUUAUUUCAUUACAAGCAGCCAAAUUGCUUUUGUGUUUUGUUUUCUUGUCUGUCGUCACACGUUCAGGUCAGUGUGUUGGAAAUAAAAUGUUCUUUUUCAAUGCAAA